AUGAGUAGUAUGAAGCCAAGAGAGCAACCAAAGGUUCCUUGCCAAAUGGAAGCAGAGGUUGAUAGAAUCAGCAACUUACCAGGACACAUCAUAGACAAAAUCUUGUCUCUUUUAACCCUCCGUGAUGCAGUAAGAACAAGCAUAUUAUCAAGCAGAUGGAGAUACAAAUGGGUGAAUCUCACAAGUCUUGUAUUCGAUAAUCAAUCUGUUCUAGUCUCAUCUCAAGAUCCAACAAUCAUAAAAAACAAAAUGGUUAAAAUUGUGGAUCAUGUUUUGUUACUUCACAAUGGUCUAAUCCACAAAUUCAAGCUUUCACAUCGAGACCUUCAAGGUGUUUGUGACAUUGAUAGAUGGAUUCUGUUUCUUUCACGAGGUUCAGUCAAAGAAUUUAUACUUGAGAUUUGGAAAGGUCAACGCUACAAGCUACCAUCUUCUCUAUACUUGUGUGACAAGUUAUCUCAUUUAGAGCUUUUUAACUGUUUGUUAAAACCUCCAUUGGGGUUUAAUGGGUUUAAGAUCUUGACUAGUCUUGAUCUUCAACACAUUACAAUGGAUCAAGAUGUUUUUGAGGAUUUGAUACAUAGGUGUCCGUUGCUUGAGAGGUUGACUUUGAUGAACUUUGAAGGAUUUGCAAAUCUUAAGAUUCAUGCUCCUAAACUUACGUUUUUUGACAUUGGAGGUGUUUUUGAAGAUGUUGUGUUUGAGAACACUUUUCAUCUUUCUACUGUUUCUAUUGGGUUAUAUGUCAAUAUUGGCAAUGAUCAUGAGUUGACCCUUGGAACUACCAGCAAGUUGACCAAGUUUUUUGCUUCGUUGCCAAGUAUUCAAAGACUCGAAGUUCAAAGUUUCUUUUUAAAGUUUUUGGCAGUUGAUAUGGUGCCAAGGAGGUUGCCUACUCCAUGUAUGGAACUGAAUUACCUUUCACUACGUAUAAAUUUCAAUGACAUGGACGAGUGUCUUGCGGCCCUUUGCAUUCUUAGGAGUUCACCCAACCUUCUAGAACUCGAGAUGUUGGCACGACCGGAUGAACAGGCAGGUCCAAGGGCAGUUGCAAAGAGCUUAGUGGAGGAAGACUUCCAGAAUUGCUUUUUUAGCCAAUUGCGGUUUGUGAAAAUUGCUGGGAUUUUGGGGGUGGCUCGAGAGCUGAAUUUUAUUAACUUUUUGCUUGCGAAUACGCCUGUACUUGAAAGAAUGACUGUGAAGCCUGCUUCUCAAGAAUGUGGUUGGGACCUCCUUAAAGAAUUGCUAAGGUUUAGGCGAUCUUCUGUGCAUGCUGAAAUCAUUUACCUCGAUCCAUGAUUCACCCUAAAAUAUUAGUGUUUUCAUGCUUUUUAGUUUUAAUUCUUGUAACACUUGUGUUUUUUUAAGUAUGUUAACCCGAAUGAAUCUGUUAACUUUGCUACAAAGACUUAUUUUCUGCCACGUAUCUUAUAUUCCUUCCACCGUUUUAUUAGGUUUGUUAACAUAGUAUAAAAUGAGCAUAUAUCACAAUAUACUAGUCUUGAUUGGACCUAACGAC